GGUCGCACAUAUUGCUGUCCUGAGUGAAGAGUUCUUUCAUCACAGGAUGGAUUCAGUGAUCCCGUUUAUGUAGUGCAGCACUACAGACGUUGUGCUGAUGUAACUGAUGGAAGCGGUGAACUGGAAGAAAGCCACCUGAGUGUGCUAGCAAGUUACAGAACAGCUGAUUUCUCAAACGUGUAAACGGAAAGGAUAUUUUCUACUCCCUUUUUUAAAUGGUUGUGAGCCAUGCCUUUGGUGAAAAGGAACAUUGAACCGCGGCAUCUCUGCCGAGGAGCUCUGCCGGAGGGAAUUACUAGUGAACUGGAAUGUGUAACGAAUAGUACCCUUGCUGCUAUCAUACGCCAGCUAAGCAGCUUAAGCAAACAUGCUGAAGACAUAUUUGGUGAAUUGUUUAAUGAGGCCAACAGCUUCUACAUCAGAGCAAAUUCCCUUCAAGACAGAAUUGAUCGCCUUGCUGUCAAAGUUACCCAGCUGGAUUCAACGGUAGAAGAGGUAUCAUUACAGGAUAUCAACAUGAAAAAAGCAUUCAAGAGCUCAACAAUUCAAGAUCAGCAGGUAGUUUCAAAGAACAGCAUUCCUAACCCGGUGGCUGAUAUUUAUAAUCAGAGUGACAAACCACCACCUCUGAAUAUUCUUUCACCUUAUAGGUAUGGAAAUAUUCAUUGUUUACCUUCUU